GGCGGCAGCAGCUGCAGCACUGGCGGCGCGCGGCGGCCGGAGCCGGAUCCUGUAGCCCGGGUGUGGGCCCGAGUCAGUCCGUCCCUCCUUCGGCCCCCUCUCUCGUCUUCCGGAGUGUGGCUGGCGGAGCGGGAUGGCGGAGCGAGGCCUGGAGCCGUCGCCGGCCGCGGUGGCGGCGCUGCCGCCCGAAGUGCGGGCACAGCUGGCGGAGCUGGAGCUGGAGCUCUCGGAGGGGGACAUCACACAGAAGGGUUAUGAAAAGAAGAGGUCCAAACUCCUGUCUCCUUACAGCCCACAGGCACAAGAAACUGAUUCAGCAGUACAGAAGGAACAUAGAAAUCAGACACCUGCUCCAUCUGCAAGUCAGACUUCUGCUCCCUCUAAGUACCACCGAACUCGAUCUGGGGGAGCCAGGGAUGAACGAUACCGAUCAGAUAUCCACACAGAAGCAGUUCAAGCUGCACUGGCAAAGCAUAAAGAACAGAAGAUGGCUUUGCCCAUGCCAACCAAAAGGCGGUCCACAUUUGUCCAGUCUCCUGCGGAUGCCUGCACACCUCCUGACACGUCUUCGGCCUCUGAGGAUGAGGGUUCUCUGAGACGCCAAGCUGCGCUCUCUGCUGCCUUGCAACAGAGCUUACAGAAUGCUGAGUCCUGGAUCAACCGUUCAAUUCAGGGAUCGUCCACUUCUUCAUCUGCAUCUUCUACGCUGUCCCAUGGAGAGGUCAAAGGAACCAGUGGGUCUCUAGCUGAUGUAUUUGCCAAUACUCGAAUAGAGAAUUUCUCUGCUCCCCCUGAUGUCACUGCAACUACCUCUUCCUCGUCAUUAUCUUCCUCAGUGCGCCCAGCAAAUAUUGACCUGCCCCCCUCGGGGAUAGUUAAAGGCAUGCACAAAGGAUCCAAUAGGUCCAGUCUCAUGGAUACAGCUGAUGGUGUUCCUGUUAGUAGCAGAGUAUCUACAAAAAUCCAGCAGCUUCUCAACACUCUGAAAAGGCCCAAAAGGCCUCCCUUAAAGGAAUUUUUUGUGGAUGACUCUGAAGAAAUUGUGGAAGGUAUACCUCAGCCAGACCCCAACCAGCCCAAGCCUGAGGGACGGCAGAUGACCCCUGUGAAGGGAGAACCACUAGGAGUCAUCUGCAACUGGCCUCCUGCGCUUGAAUCUGCCCUACAGCGCUGGGGCACUACUCAAGCAAAAUGCUCCUGUCUGACUGCACUGGACGUGACAGGGAAACCCGUUUACACUCUUACAUAUGGAAAGUUGUGGAGCAGAAGUUUAAAGUUGGCCUACACGCUGCUUAAUAAACUGGGGACCAAAAAUGAACCUGUGUUAAAACCUGGAGACAGGGUAGCGCUGGUUUACCCCAACAAUGAUCCAGUCAUGUUUAUGGUGGCUUUUUAUGGAUGUCUCCUGGCAGAAGUGAUUCCAGUGCCUAUAGAGGUACCUCUUACCAGAAAGGAUGCUGGAGGUCAGCAGAUUGGCUUCUUGCUAGGAAGCUGUGGUAUUGCCUUAGCUCUUACCAGUGAAGUUUGUCUAAAGGGGCUGCCAAAAACCCAGAAUGGGGAAAUUGUACAGUUUAAAGGUUGGCCCCGGCUCAAAUGGGUUGUAACAGAUUCCAAGUACCUUUCAAAGCCACCCAAAGAUUGGCAGCCCCACAUUUCUCCUGCUGGUACAGAACCAGCAUACAUUGAGUAUAAAACAAGCAAAGAAGGGAGUGUAAUGGGAGUUACAGUGUCCCGGCUUGCAAUGUUGUCUCACUGCCAAGCUCUGUCGCAGGCCUGCAAUUAUUCUGAAGGGGAAACAGUAGUAAAUGUUUUAGACUUUAAGAAGGAUGCUGGGCUGUGGCAUGGCAUGUUUGCGAAUGUGAUGAAUAAGACGCACACAAUUAGCGUACCCUACUCUGUUAUGAAGACCUGUCCUCUCUCUUGGGUCCAAAGGGUACAUGCUCACAAAGCCAAGAUAGCUUUAGUAAAAUGUCGAGACUUGCACUGGGCUAUGAUGGCUCAUCGAGACCAAAGAGAUGUGAGCUUGAGUUCCCUCCGAAUGUUAAUUGUGACUGAUGGAGCUAAUCCCUGGUCUGUAUCAUCCUGUGAUGCCUUCCUGAGUCUGUUCCAAAGCCAUGGACUGAAACCUGAGGCCAUCUGUCCGUGUGCUACGUCUGCAGAGGCCAUGACUGUAGCAAUCCGCAGGCCUGGAGUUCCAGGGGCCCCUUUGCCUGGAAGAGCCAUUCUCUCAAUGAAUGGAUUGAGCUAUGGGGUAAUACGGGUCAAUACUGAAGAUAAAAACUCAGCCCUGACGGUCCAGGAUGUGGGGCAUGUGAUGCCUGGUGGGAUGAUGUGCAUUAUAAAACCAGAUGGACCUCCCCACCUCUGCAAAACAGAUGAAAUUGGAGAAAUCUGUGUUAGCUCCAGAACUGGAGGCAUGAUGUAUUUUGGGCUUGCUGGUGUGACAAAAAAUACAUUUGAGGUGAUUCCAGUGAAUUCUGCAGGCUCUCCUGUUGGAGAUGUGCCAUUCAUCCGGUCAGGACUGCUGGGGUUUGUAGGGCCAGGUAGUUUGGUAUUUGUGGUUGGAAAAAUGGACGGAUUACUGAUGGUUAGUGGUCGAAGACAUAAUGCCGAUGACAUUGUUGCUACUGGAUUGGCUGUUGAGUCAAUAAAGACCGUGUAUAGAGGAAGAAUUGCUGUGUUUUCUGUGUCUGUAUUUUAUGAUGAGCGCAUUGUGGUGGUUGCGGAACAAAGACCUGAUGCUUCUGAGGAAGAUAGUUUCCAGUGGAUGAGCCGUGUGCUGCAGGCAAUUGAUAGCAUUCAUCAAGUGGGGGUUUAUUGCCUUGCUCUGGUGCCUGCCAAUACAUUGCCAAAAACUCCAUUAGGAGGGAUCCAUAUAUCUCAGACAAAACAGCUCUUUCUGGAGGGAUCUCUACAUCCUUGCAACAUCCUCAUGUGCCCACAUACAUGUGUGACAAAUUUGCCAAAACCCCGGCAAAAGCAACCAGGUGUAGGCCCUGCUUCUGUGAUGGUUGGGAAUCUGGUUGCUGGAAAACGCAUAGCACAAGCUGCUGGAAGAGAUCUGGGACAAAUAGAAGAGAAUGAUUUAGUGAGGAAGCACCAGUUUCUGGCAGAGAUUUUACAGUGGCGAGCCCAGGCAACUCCUGACCAUAUACUCUUCAUGCUGUUAAAUGCCAAGGGAACUACUGUGUGCACAGCCAGCUGCCUUCAGCUUCAUAAGCGAGCUGAGAGGAUUGCAUCAGUUCUUGGUGAUAAGGGUCAUCUAAAUGCAGGAGACAAUGUGGUGUUGCUCUAUCCACCUGGCAUUGAAUUAAUCGCUGCGUUCUAUGGCUGCCUGUAUGCAGGGUGCAUUCCCGUGACCGUCAGACCGCCUCAUGCUCAGAACCUCACUGCCACGUUGCCCACGGUCCGCAUGAUUGUCGAUGUCAGCAAGGCAGCCUGUAUUCUCACCACUCAGACUCUAAUGAGAUUACUGAGGUCCCGAGAGGCGGCAGCAGCUGUGGAUGUGAAAACUUGGCCAACCAUCAUUGACACAGAUGAUUUACCCAGGAAAAGGUUACCUCAGUUAUAUAAACCACCCACUCCUGAGAUGUUGGCAUAUCUUGAUUUUAGUGUCUCCACAACUGGCAUGCUUACAGGAGUGAAGAUGUCCCAUUCUGCAGUUAAUGCUCUUUGUAGAGCCAUCAAGCUCCAGUGUGAGUUGUAUUCUUCUCGGCAGAUUGCCAUCUGCCUCGACCCUUACUGUGGACUUGGCUUUGCGCUCUGGUGUCUCUGCAGUGUCUAUUCAGGUCACCAGUCUAUCUUAAUUCCUCCUAUGGAGUUAGAAAACAACCUUUUCCUCUGGCUCGCCACUGUCAACCAAUACAAAAUAAGGGAUACUUUCUGCUCCUAUUCAGUAAUGGAGCUUUGCACUAAAGGGCUUGGAAAUCAAGUGGAGGUUCUAAAGACGAGAGGAAUCAACCUCUCCUGCAUCCGGACCUGCGUGGUGGUGGCAGAGGAGCGGCCCCGCAUUGCCCUGCAGCAGUCCUUCUCCAGGCUCUUUAAAGAUAUUGGGCUGUCCCCUCGGGCUGUGAGCACCACAUUUGGAUCAAGAGUCAAUGUAGCAAUAUGUUUACAGGGAACCUCAGGACCUGAUCCAACUACUGUGUAUGUAGAUCUGAAAUCGUUAAGACAUGACAGGGUUCGUCUUGUGGAACGGGGUGCCCCCCAGAGUUUGCUCCUCUCAGAGUCUGGAAAGAUUUUACCCGGAGUGAAAGUGGUUAUUGUUAAUCCUGAAACCAAAGGACCUGUUGGAGACUCUCACCUUGGAGAGAUUUGGGUGAACAGUCCCCAUACAGCCAGUGGCUACUACACCAUCUAUGAUAGUGAGACUCUUCAGGCUGAUCAUUUCAACACUCGCCUCAGUUUUGGGGAUGCUGCACAGACACUCUGGGCUCGGACAGGCUACCUUGGUUUUGUCCGCCGGACUGAGCUCACAGCAGCCACUGGAGAGCGUCAUGAUGCAUUAUAUGUGGUGGGAGCUUUGGAUGAAACACUAGAGCUGAGAGGAUUACGAUACCACCCAAUCGAUAUUGAGACUUCAGUAUCUCGGAUCCACAGGAGCAUUGCUGAAUGUGCCGUGUUCACGUGGACCAACUUGCUUGUGGUGGUUGUGGAACUGUGCGGCUCUGAACAGGAAGCCCUAGAUCUGGUUCCUUUAGUGACCAAUGUAGUCCUGGAAGAGCAUUACCUCAUCGUUGGCGUUGUGGUUGUGGUGGACCCAGGUGUCAUCCCAAUCAACUCCAGAGGAGAGAAGCAGAGGAUGCACCUCCGUGACAGCUUCCUAGCUGACCAGUUAGACCCCAUUUAUGUGGCUUAUAACAUGUAACCAUCCUUGUGGGGACUGCAGGGGGCCUUCCUGAAGAAUCACAAAGACUGAAGACCUGUAGCUAGGAGCAGGCUUUCAAAUGAUGUGAAAUAAGCUGAGAUGGCUACAUAUAUCUUUCAUCUCAUCUUGUGGGGUUCUGCAAUCAUAGCACACAGGAAAAGGGGAAUUCUGUAGUGGCAAAUGAAAAAAAUGUUAACAGUCUUAUUAGACAUGAGCUUUGACAUAGCGUGAGUAGCACGUUACUGAAGCAAUUACAUGCAUGUUGCAUUUUUUUCAUCUGUUGUACAUACUUGUAUUUUUAUCUAAUGCUGUUUUAGAAUUUUGUAAGGGAAUUAAUGAAUUCACAUGAAGGGGGUAGUCUGAGUUACACAGUUCCCCGCUCUGUACUGUAUUUGCCAUUUUACCAUAGCUGGAUGUUCUGCAGGUUUUAUUAACAUGGAACUAUUCAGCUUACUUUGUCAACCCAUAAGCAAAUCAGAUAACCCACUGAAUAUGAGAAUUACUUUAUAUAUAUAAUUCUUGACUGUAAAACAUUUUGACCAGUGUUUUAAACAUGUAAAUAAGAAUACACAUAAUUCAACUAAAGAAUUUAAGAAUUGGCUUGUAUAACAACCAAAGUAGAAACAUUUCUAAUUUGAGAGAAUUUCAGUAUUCUCUUGAUGUAGUGUAAUUGAUAAGGUAACUAAAAUGUACAAAUUGUUUGCAGGUUUCACUGCACAUUGUUCUAUGUCUUUGUUGGCUGGUGUAUUCUAUAAACUAAAGCUGCCUGUGUUUGUUUUUAAAGCCUGCAUUCCCAGAAUCAGCUUAAGCUUCCAAGAAUUCAUCCUAUUUCUUUAAACUGAAAAAUCUCAGUUUAAAUCAAAAUGUUAAGAUGAAGCUAAAAUUCAUCAGAUCCCACCCUAUGCUUAGAAACCACAAUAACUCACCCUGGCCCCAGUGUUGAAACUCUCUCAAGAGUAAAGUGACUACGUAAGAAUUCAGAAUUUCCUCUUUUUUCCAGGCCCAUCGUAGACUGUGUCUACAGUUUAUACAUAUAGCAUCUCUUUUCUGAAAGCUGAAGAAUGUCCUCUGUUCUUCCAGUUUGUGAGGGCAGGGAGUUUAAAAACAAGAGUGACAGGCUGGGAAGGCAGUGGGAUCAACAAUCACAUGAAAUUGUAAGGCCACAUAACUACACAUCUCAAAUCUGUCCAAUUUGGGUUGCCAAAAUAGCCAGGCUUAUGCUGAAAUAGGGGGAAGUCUGAUGUAUGCAAGGAACUCUUUUGAAAUAACUGUGGUGCCCAGGCCAAGCAGACUGAGUAUGGGACUAAGUUUGGCCUCUGGCUUGGUUUACCUUCUUUGGUCUGAAACUUCAUGUAUUUGAAUAUAGUUGAAUUUUAUUAUUUUUUUCUUACAGAAAUAUUUUUAAAAAUUAAAAAAAAAAAAAACCUCAAAAUUGAAAAGAGUUAACUUGUUAAAUCAGAAUGGUUCUCUUUGACCCACUCUGGACUAUUGUGUAAAUAUUUACUUAGACUAUUUUAAUAAUACAUAUUAUUUACCCCACUGUAACAUCAUGUAAACUAAAUAUGUUUUUAAACAAUUUCUAAGACUUGUAAUUACCCUGAAAAUAAGGUUUAUAGUGCAAAGGACCGGACCGUUCUCUGUGGCAGCACCCUGGGGCUGCUGUUACACAGCCUUGUGACUCAAAGCCACCUUAUGACUCCCUUUUACAUAAUCCCCUUUUCCUCCCAACUCAUUCUCCACAGAGAGCAGACCUUAAGACAUUUUCCAGUUCCAGAUUUCUUUUCAACAUUUUGGAUGGAAUUAAUUUACACAUAAGGGGGUGGUUCUAGGAUGUACAUAAAAAAGCACUUACAUUGGGGCAAACAAGAAAUCUCAGUGUCUAGCAGUGGUUUGGUUUGCAGAGAAAACAGCCUGCUUAUUUGAAAAGUAAUUUUAUUAAAAUAAUUUUUAAUGAUUCACUAAACAAAGUGGGGGUCCUGAGGAUUAAAUAAUUCUAUCUCCAUAAUCCCCAAGUUCUAAGAAAAAAUUACAGGCAGAUUCUAUCCUAUGGGUUGCUCUGAUAAUCCUUACUAGCACAAGUUAGGGUUUAAGCAUGGGGAGACGCAUUGUUCACUAUAAAUAUGUGAGCCACAUCUGUAAUUUAAAAUUUUCUAGUAACCACAUUUUAAAAAAUAAACAGGUGAUUUACCUGGUAUAUGUCAUCAGGAAAAAAGAGAAAAAGCAGGUGAUAUUGAUUUCAAUAUAUUUUAUUGAACCCAAUAUAUCAAAAAUGCUAUCAUUUUGGGCUGGCCCCGUGGCUCACUCAGGAGAGUGCGGCACUGGUAGCACCGAGACUGUGGGUUUGGAUCCUAUAUAGGGAUGGCUGGUGCGCUCACUGGCUGAGCGUGGUGCAGACCACACUGUGCCGAGGGUUGCGAUCCCCUUACCGUUCAAAAAAAAAAAAACUAUUAUUUCAACAUGGAACCAGUAUAAAAGAUUAAUGAAAGUUUUUGCAUUCUUUUUUUUUUUCAUAUUAAGUCUUUGAAAUCCAGUGUGUGUUAAACACAUCUCAAUACGAACUAGCCAUAUUUCAAGUCUCCAGUAGCCAAAUGUGGCUAGUGGCUACCACACUGGACAGUGCAGAUCUAUACUCAUUCCUUCAAACAAAAUACUCCGUUAAUCUCAGAGUGUAGCCAACUCCCAGUUACUUAAGGGCUGAUUAUCUAGUUUUGUAGUGCCUCAGGCCUCUGAUUUAUCUUUAUUUUUUGCUUUCUGCCAUGUGGCUGCUUUAUUGAUCUUUUGCAUAUCCCCAAAGCCAGAGUAUGCUAGUGGAGGAAAGAAAGCUGAGAACUGUCCUCAGGGAACUUCAUAAUUCUGGUAAAGUAUCCUCUGGAGGGAGAAGAGAGUCCAGUCAUUAGCUUAGAUAGUGUUUAUGGGGUCAUCUGCAGAUUCAAGGCCUAGUCUGUUGUAGACUUGAAUAAGAAAAUGUUCUCUUGAUGACACAAUGCUCUUGCUCUUUCCACAUUAAGUGGAACUUUUGUGCUAGAACUGACUUUUAAGGCAGGCCUGAAAGGCCAUUAUUGAUAAAAAUACAGCCUUUCCAGUCGUCUGGGAUACAUUCUGUCUGGGUUUUUAUGCCUGUGGAAAAAAAAAAAACUAAAUAGCAAGCCCUCAUGUCGGUUAAGAGAAAUCUAUUGCUCUGGAAGUUUCUGAACCUCUUUCUGGUUCUCAGCAGAAGUAACUGAGGUAGAUCAGGAAGGAGCUGCCUCAGGAAUAUUCUUAGGCCGUAGGGAUUCCUAGAGCUGCACAGAUGCCAUCUUAUGCAUCAGUUGAGACCCUGGUAAUGGCCAGCAUGCUAACUGGCAUCAGUGAGUCCACACAGUCUUUAAUUCCUGCGCCACAAAGGACCAGGUUCUCCCCAGUACCAAGGCCUUUACCUAAGAAGUUGUGUUGCCUCAGGCUGUUUAGGGACCAUUGCCUAUCUUGGUCAUAUGUGUGUCUCCUUACUUUAGUGUCUGGGCAAUGCUUGCUUAAUGCUUUUGUUGAAUCAACAAAGGGCCUGAGGCCUUAGGUUUUUUGUUAAGGUCUCUGCCCCAGGCAUGGUGCUCAAUAUCUUGGCCAAAUUACUUUCCUUGAAUAUCCAGGAAUCUUUUAGACUAAAGCAAUGAGGAGUUGUCACCUCACCCUCAAACUCCAACAUGAUCUAUGCCUUAGUGUUGUUUUUGUUGUCUGCUUUGAUGUAAAAGCCAGAGUAUUUGGACUAAGAAGUUGCAGUACUCCAAAUACACAAUAGGCCAUUUCUUUAUCAUUCAUACAUUUCUGGUUUAGGUGUAUGUAGAUGGGCCAUGUUAUUUGUCCAGAGGAAGAGAUUGUAAAGAUAUAACAAUAAUUUUUUAGUCCUAAAUGCUGUUUUGUUUAUUUUCUGUCAAGAUAUCUCUCUGUGUCAAAUUCAAACUAUAGUACUGUGUAAUUAUGU